AUGUCUAGUGGUAACCCUGGAGGAGCACUGAGGGCGCUGUCGCCCACGCCGCCGGAGCGCGGGUCGUUCCCGCUGGACCACGACGGCGAGUGCGCCGAGUACAUGCAGAAGUACCUGCAGUGCAUGCGCCUCGCAGCCAACGAGAACGCACACAACUGCCGCCUGCUGGCCAAGGACUACCUCAAGUGCCGCAUGGACCACCAGCUCAUGGACAAGGACGAGUGGAAGAACCUCGGCCUGCCCCCAGAUGACAAGCAGUAA